AACAGCAAGGCUUGUACAUAAGACAGUGACUCCCCUCCUCAGGGGUAAAGUGGUGAGUACCUGAGAGGAGUCGCUUCAGCACCAAAAACAUGAGAGUCUUCGUAGCAUUAGCGUGCUUGCUGGCAAACUGCCUGGCCCAGAAGCCUCAGCCGUGUGACUGGCCUCCUAAGAUGACUGGGGAGUCCACGGGGAACUUUACAAAUGAUGUCACCGGGGUCAGAAUGAGAUUCGUGUACGAUGCAGUGGGACAGCGGAUAAGGGUCUUUCAGAAUGUAACUCAGUAUAACAAGACUAUCAAUACUGAUUCUCUUCUUCUCUUCAAAGAGAAAGUCAUGUACAACAUCAAUGACCAGAACCGUACCUGCACCAAACUCCCUGUUCAGGGAGACUUCCACCCUAUGGGCGUCCCAAAAGACGCCUCUCUGCUGGGCCAGGUCGUCCUCGGCAGCUCGUCUGGACCUGGUGAAGGACUCAUGGUCAACACAUGGUUGGAAAAUUUCCCCGAUGGAGGAGAUAUUAUAAGCACAGUGACUGCAGUCGGAUGCAUUCCUGUCAGUGUUGUGCAAGAGGUCAAAGUUGAUGAACAAGUCCUUGGAUGGACGGUGCAGAGCUUCUUCAACAAUGUCAUCGGGAUUCCAGACCCUAGUCUGCUCAGUCCCCCGUCCUUCUGCAAGGAUGCAAAAAUGAUGAACACCAAGGAGCAGGUGGACUUCUUUAGUCUGUUCAUCCACAAGAAGUAAGAGCCUCCAUCAGCCAACGUGUCCAACCAUCAAGAAGAUUUUUGAUAAAUCAAAUUUAGACACUGAAUUGUAUUUUUGCUGUCUGUAAUUUAAAUCAUUUAUGAUGAAAAUAUGCAACUCCAAGCUUUCUUUAUUUGAGUAUAAUACAUUGAAAAAAAUAUGAGGAUUUCAAAACAGCUUUACUCUGCAGUAUCGCUCAAAUCUUGGGAGUAUUGUGGACAAGUCAGGAGCACAUAUUUAUGCCAGAAAAGCAUGAAAAAGUGUAUUUUGUACAAUAUGUCACCUUUAAUGCGAACAACCUAAAUUUAGGACGGUACUUCAUUCAAAAUAAAAAUUUGAAAUUUUAGUCUCAGAUGUUUUAACAGGUCAACAGUAAUGAAAAUAACUUUUAUGAUAUAUGCUUUCAUUCUGAAGCCUUUUUCUCAUAUUCAGCAUGAAUGUUCCUGAUUUCCUAAAGGGGCACUACUGUAACAGUUUAUUAAAUCUGAAUAAAAAGAUGCUUCAAAA